UCGUCAGGAAGCUUGCAAAACAAUUGCGUCAGAAGUUCGCGCAAGAUCUUUCUGGGUUAGCGUCUUGUCGAGCUGAGCAGCUACGCACAUUACCGGAGGCUGAGACACAAACGAGACCAUGCUUGUGGCAAGGCUGACAUGCCUGAGGAGCAGCAUCCCCUCGCUCGCCGCCGGGCUCCGUCCCGCGCUGGCCAACGGCUCCGCCGCCCUGAGGUCAUCCACCCUCAACCUGAAGCCAUGCCAGACCGUCUUCACUCCGCAGAAGGGUUUGUCCUCAAAGGCCAGAUUUGGUUUCCGCCGGGCGAGGACGACCAGAGAUCAACUCAAGGAGGCGGCUUUCGAGCCAUCCACAGGCACGGCAUUAAAAAUUGACAGCAUGGGAAGAAUGAUUCUAGCUGGAGGUGCUGCAGUGGGCCUGGGAGCUUUAUGCUACUACGGCAUGGGGAUGUCCAAUGACAUUGGUGCCGUGGAGAAAGCAAUGAUCUGGCCUCAGUAUGUGAAGGACAGAAUCCACUCCACUUAUAUGUACUUUGCGGGCAGCGUCGGGCUGACGGCUCUGUCGGCAGUCGCCGUGAGCCGAACCCCAGCGCUCAUGGGACUCAUGAUGAGAGGCUCCUGGAUGGCUAUCGGAGCUACGUUUGCCGCCAUGAUCGGGGCCGGCAUGUUGGUUCGGUCCAUCUCGUACGAGCACAGCCCGGUGCCCAAGCACCUGGCCUGGAUGCUGCAUGCAGGUGUGAUGGGCGCUGUGGUGGCCCCCCUCACUCUCCUGGGAGGACCCCUGAUGAUGCGGGCCGCCUGGUACACGGCGGGCAUUGUGGGCGGCCUGUCCACUGUGGCCAUGUGCGCCCCCAGCGAGAAGUUCCUCAACAUGGGCGGACCCCUGGCUGUCGGCUUCGGGGUGGUCUUUGCUUCCUCUAUUGGGUCCAUGUUCCUGCCGCCCACCUCGGCAUUCGGAGCUGGCCUGUACUCGGUGGCCAUCUACGGCGGCCUGGUCCUCUUCAGCAUGUUCCUGCUCUACGACACGCAGAAGGUCAUCAAGAGGGCCGAGACGCAGCCGCUCUACGGCGUGCAAAAAUACGACCCCAUUAACGCCUGUAUGGGCAUUUACAUGGACACGCUGAACAUCUUCACCAGGCUGGUGAUGAUCCUGGCAAAUGGUGGUGGCAGAAGGAAGUGAACAACCAGGCUGGAAGGACGUUUUUGUUUAGUUUUUUCAAACCUUUCCACAAUGCUAAAUGCUGUCCUAAUAAGUUUGCAACAAACACGGUGUUAGGCUCUUCAUCGCAACCAGUCUCGAAACCGGGGCGUGACCGAGUCCGAUUCCGGAGAGUCCCUUUCCAGAUGGUUCUCGGUGUCUCCCUCCUCUAAACACUCCUAAUUGGAAUGAUCAAAUCAUCAGCAAGCUUUACAGAAGCCUGAUACAAUGAUCCUGAUCAUUUGAAGGAGGAGGAGACAUUGCGAGCUGGCGGGAUGGGGGCUCUCCAGAACCGGACUUGGGCACCCCUGCUCUAAAUUCUCAUUUUGCCACUUGCCCUUGACUGAAAAUGACAUCACAUGUUCUCAGGUAGCAACCAAACGAACCAAUGUCGUUUUCAGUCGACAGCGAGUGGCGUUAAUUGUACAUGUAAACGAAGGCGGCUAUCAGAUUCAUAAUCGGCAAAAUAUUGACUUGGUACUGCUGAAAAUGGCAAAAUUAGUCACGUAUCCCUUUAAGGGUUUCUUUAUUUUCUGAUUGUCAUUUGUCUGUGAUUUACAUUUCGUAUUUAUUGUUCAAUACUGACAUGUUCGGAGUUUGGAAGGGAACAGUUUUAUUUUGAUACCCGAAUCGCUCAAUAAAUGGCUCUUAUUGACAUUGGAA